AUGGUGUACCUUAAAACCCUAGCUGCCGCCGCCGCCACCGCCGGGCUGGCCCACGCUACCCUCCCCGGCCUCGACAAGAUCCCCGCCCUCGGCCUGGGAACCUGGUUAUCCGACAAGGGCAAGGUCGCGCACGCCGUGGAGUUUGCGCUGGGCGAGGUUGGAUAUGACCACAUUGACGCUGCCAAGAUCUACAGAAACGAAGACGAGACAGGCAAAGGCAUCGCCUCCUCCGGCGUCGCGCGCAAGAACCUCUGGAUCACCUCCAAACUCUGGAACACCGACCACCGCCAAAAGGAAGCCGAGGCCGCCAUCGCAAAGUCCAUCGCCGACCUGGGCGUGGACUACCUCGACCUGUACCUGGUCCACUGGCCGGUGGCCUUCGUGCCCGGCACGACGCAGCUGGACCGCGACACGUCCAUCGUCGACACGUGGAAGACGCUCGAGGGCUUCGUGAAGGCGAACCUGACGCGCCACAUCGGGCUGUCCAACUUUGCGAAGGCGGAUGUCGAGAAGAUUUUGGAAGUGGCGGAGAUCAAGCCGUACGCGCACGAGUUUGAGACGCACCCGUACCUGCAGCAGCAGGAGUUUGUGGACUGGCACAAGGAGAAGGGGAUCGAGGUGAUUGCGUACUCGCCGCUGGCGAACACGAACCCGACGUACCGCGACGACAUCCCGGCCAUUUUCGAUGAUGAGUUCUGGAAGGGUGUCGCGGAGAAGAAGGGGGUGAGCGUGUUCCAGGCGGUGCUGGCGUGGGGCGUGCAGCGCGGGACGAUUGUGAUCCCGAAGAGCACGAAGGACUCGCACAUUGUGAGCAACAGGAAGGCGCUGGAGGUGGAGUUUGGCAAGGAGGAGCUGGAGGAGAUUGGCAAGCAGGAUAAGAAGCACCGAUUGAACAACCCUGGAAGGAACUGGGGCGUGAAGUUGUUUAAGGAUCUGGAUGAUCCGACCAAGUUGGAUGAGAAGAGCGAGGAAUUGUAA